AUGGGCCGCGUGAUCCGUGGGCAGAGGAAAGGCGCUGGCUCCGUGUUCCGCGCGCACGUGAAACACCGGAAGGGCGCCGCGCGUCUCCGCGCCGUGGACUUCGCGGAGCGACACGGCUACAUCAAGGGCAUCGUGAAGGAUAUCAUCCAUGACCCAGGCCGCGGCGCCCCCCUGGCCAAAGUGGUCUUCCGGGACCCGUACCGUUUUAAGAAGCGGACGGAGCUAUUCAUUGCCGCCGAAGGCAUCCACACCGGCCAGUUCGUGUACUGCGGCAAGAAGGCUCAGUUGAACAUUGGCAAUGUGCUCCCUGUGGGCACCAUGCCUGAGGGCACCAUCGUGUGUUGCCUGGAGGAGAAGCCUGGUGAUCGGGGCAAGUUGGCCCGGGCUUCUGGAAAUUAUGCCACGGUCAUCUCCCACAACCCAGAGACCAAAAAGACGCGAGUGAAAUUGCCCUCGGGAUCCAAGAAGGUCAUUUCCUCUGCUAACAGAGCUGUGGUUGGUGUGGUGGCUGGAGGUGGCCGCAUUGACAAGCCCAUCCUGAAGGCUGGACGUGCCUACCACAAGUAUAAAGCAAAGAGAAAUUGCUGGCCACGUGUGCGGGGUGUGGCCAUGAACCCUGUAGAGCAUCCAUUUGGAGGUGGCAACCAUCAGCACAUCGGCAAACCCUCCACCAUCCGCAGAGAUGCUCCUGCUGGCCGAAAAGUGGGUCUCAUUGCCGCUCGCCGGACUGGGCGUCUACGGGGAACCAAGACUGUACAGGAGAAAGAGAACUAG